AUGCAUUUUUCAAACUUCAUCCUCGGUCUCGCAACUACCACCGCGCUUUCCUCAGCGCAUUCCCUUAUCCAAAAACGUGCAACAACUUCUUGCACAACACCAAGCGGACCCGGAUUCUGCUCAUCUACAUCGACCGCUUGCACCGGCGGGACGUAUGUAGCAGGACACUGCCCAGGAGCAGCAGACAUUCAAUGCUGCGUAGCAACAUGCAGCGCGCCAGCCGGCCAAGGCGUCUGCGAACCGACAUCGAACACAUGUGCCGGUACUUUCGUCGGCGGUCUCUGUCCAGGACCAUCUGACGUGCAAUGCUGUCCGUCUGGAGGCAGCGGAGGUGGGUCUGGGACCGGUGUGGCAGGUAUCGAUGUCUCAAGCACGCCACCAUCAUCUUUCUGGUCAUGCGCUGCGGGGAAAUACAAAGUCGUGGCUCUCGAAGGCUACAUCCAAGCUUGCGGGUCAGGAGGAGCAGUAAAGUCGAACUUCGCAGCCAACUACAAGGCUGCGCAAGCUGCGGGUAUUUCUCGCAUCGACGCGUACCUGUUUCCUUGCACGGGGACGCAGAGUAAUGGCGUUGCGUGUAAGUCUCCGGCUACUCAAUUGCAGGAAUUCUUGAAUGCCGUGGACAGUAAUGGGAUGACGAUUGGGCAUUAUUGGUUUGAUAUUGAACCGACUUCUACUGCGAAUGGCGAUGCGUGUAAUGCGUGGAAUCUGGGGAGUUCGGCCAAUGCGGCGUUGGCGAAGCAGUGGGUUGCUGCAUUGCAGGGUAGUGGGAGGAAAUGGGGAAUUUAUGCUAAUGGGAACCAAUGGACGAGCAUGUUUGCUUCGAGGUCGACGGAUAUUGGGUCUCAACUUCCGCUGUGGGCUGUCCAAUUCGACAACAAGCCUGGCGUGAAUACUGUUACUAGUCUGAUGGGAGGCUGGACGUCUGCUGUUGCUAAACAAUAUACUCUAGAUACUACCACUUGUGGCUCUGGCGCGGAUUUGGAUUCAUUUUCAACAUAA